GAGAGAAAACCCCAAAGUCUCAUCAGGUAGGGACAUCAACCCAUCUAGGAGAGACAACCCCAAAGUCUCAUCAGGUAGGGACAUCAACCCAUCUAGGAGAGACAACCCCAAAGUCUCAUCAGGUAGGGACAUCAACCCAUCUAGGAGAGACAACCCCAAAGUCUCAUCAGGUUGUUCUCACCUGAACAAAAAGAUUAUGGAAGCAAAUCCAGAAACGAAGUCGGAGAAGGUCCCCUCCAACACAGCAGUAAGUAACGAAGAAGAGAAAACAGACGGAACCAGGCUCCCAGAUGUAAAUGCCAGUCAGGAAGAGCAAGACAAUGAUGACCAAGGACUAACAUUAAUUGUACCACAAAUUCCAUACCCCACCAGCUCAUUUCAGGAACCAAAUCAGAAUGCUGAUGGUGAUAUACCCAUAGACACUUCCCUUGUUGAGCAAGAAAAUCUUAACUCACUUUCAUUGACCCAAGAACCAAAUAAUCAAAGAGAACAAAUAGAUUAUGCCAGUUAUUUCAACUUUUCCAGAAAUAUUUUCCUUUCUCAGCAAGCUGCUAAGUUAGAAAGAUUAGCCUCUAAAAAGAAUUCAUCAAGUGGAAUUAAUCCAAAUGCUGGGAAAGAUAGAGGGCGCUCAUUUACGUCAACAAGGAAUAAUUUUGCUGACUUAACUCGUAGGUCGGCCAUUUUGCACAGAACUGGGCUGUACAAUAUCAGUACAGUAGCUCCAUCUGGUAUGCCACCAGCUGGAAAGGGAGGUGAUUCAUGUAACAGUACUAGAACUCUUCAAAAAGUUGAAGAAGGGAAAACAGAUUUAAACAGAAAAGACUUUUACAAGCCUGACCCAGAACUGAUUAGUACAGUAAAUCCAUAUCUUCCCCCAUCUUUUCAGCUCAACGGCAGUGCCGCUUAUCAAUUAAAAUCUAGCUCUUCUGACACUGAGGUAAAUUCACGGCUGAAAAAACCUGCCCCGUCUUUACAAUUUCUCAGAGACAAUUUCUUGAACCCAACUCCAGGUCCCAAGGCCAGACUCCUGUUUUUUGACACCAACCCUCACAACAACUCACAAAACAUAAAGAAAGCCCAGAAUUUUAAAGAAGAGCAUAGUGGAAAUAAAAAAGUUGUUUUCUCUCCAGCUCCUACACCUCCCUCUACACCAAACCAACAAAGAGCUACCAGACCUUCAGAUCUUGUCAAAACAUCGGGCCAAGCUCCGAUACCCACUCUACACAACUCUCACAACUCUGCAAACAUGAGUUACCUCGGAGGAACAUCCAACAUCUACAACAGCGUGACCUCACUGUCUCGAGUCCAGGAGAAGGAAGAGCUGCAGCGAUUGAAUGAUCGCUUCUCUGCCUACGUAGGUCGAGUCAGACAGCUAGGGGAGCAGGUCAAUAAUGUCGACACGUCUGCCUUUCUUCGAUCUACUAAAAUAUUGGAAGAGGAAAUUGUCAACCUGAAAAAUAUGUAUGAAAGUGAACUGGAGAGGUUGAGGAAUGAAAUAGAGGCAGGAAGCCAUGAAAGAAACACCCUCUAUGUCCAACACAACAAACAACAGCAGUAUGUUGGUGAACUACAAGACAGGCUGUCUAUUGAAACAGAGAAAACCAACAAGUUAAUGGAUGAGAUAAACAUGCUGGAGAGGCAAAUUGGCAACCUGCAAGCAGAGGUACAGGAUGCCAGGAUUGCUUCCCAGAGGCCACAGGAGAAUGUGGACAACUUGCACAGAAGUAUAGAAAACUUAAUGCGUGAGGUGGACCAGUGGAAACACAGAUAUGAACAUGAACAAGUUACUCGGCAAGAAGCUGAGGACAGGGUCCAACAGAUUUUCAAGAAAAUGGAGUUUGCUGAGCAGAUACACAAGCAGCAAAUCACAGACUAUCAGACUCGCCUAGACACAGCAUCAGCCACGAUACUGAGCCUUGAAGCCAGGGUACGAGACCUGAGCAAGGCCGAUGUCUCUGUGGCAGAGAUGCUGAAACAGGUCAGGGACACUGCAGAGGUGGAGCUUAAGAAGUUCCAGAUUGAAUCGGAGGAGCAGUACAGCAGAAAUUUGUCAGCAUUAAAGGCCCAGAUUGAUCAUGAUGCAGAUACCCUACAGAGGUAUUCACAGGAGAAGAGUGAGAUGAUGGGACAAGUUGGGGAACUUCAUGCCAAAAUUAGAAAUCUUGAAGGGCAGGUUGCCAAUUUGCACCAUCAAAAAGAGACUUUAGAAGACGCUGUGUCUGUGGAAAGAAACAGAGCUGCUGACAACAUCAGGCAGCUGGAGAGGAAGCUCAGGGAGGUCCAGGACAUGCUGGUCACCAAGAUGAGGGAAGUGACCAAUGCCAGGGAGGCCAACAUCCCCCUCAAAGCUGAAAUUGAGGCUCUCAAGGCAAUAUUAGAGGAAGAAGAACGCAGGCUCAGAGUCCCUUUAGGCAUUGUCCCAGCAUCUGUUGUCCAAACACAGGUGCCCCAUCCUCCAACCACCAAUCAGAUUCUCUCUACCAACUCCCUGAAUGCAUUGAAAGCGGCAGUAGCCAAUCAGCUUCAGCCUUCUGAAGGACAAGUCAACCAGCAGAGCCUUGCAGACAGCAAAAAGGCGAAUGCCUUGCAAGAUGUUAUGUCACUGGGGUCUGUGGCCAAUGCCUUGAGCCCACUGCUUGAGUCAACUCACCUGUACACAUCAGGUGCAGCAACGUCUGCUGAGCAGACAAAUACAACAGCAGCUGUUAACUACAGCUCUAAUUCACCUCUCGCCUCAGGAUUAACCUCUACGUACCAAUACGAGCCACCAAUGCCACUAAACACUCUGUACAUCCCUGAAGCACUACGAUCAGCAGAAGAAGGUCAAGUAGAAUAUGACACAGACUAUGGAUUUUCUUACCCAGAAUACAGCAGCUACAUGCAAGGGUAUGCCCUACCAAUGACUGGACCAGGGUACACCUACGAGGCCACACCUAGUGUCAGCCGAGUGAUGAUGGACACCACAUCAAUGCAGACGCCCCGGGCUGUUGGCCCCAUUCCAGCCAGGUCAAAAUCAGCGCCAAACCAUACUGAUAAUGACGAGAAAGCUGAGACAGAAUUAAAUGAAAAAAGUGCCAGUUUGGCCACCACAGCCUUGGGUGUUGGACGGGACUACUUUGAUGAGAUGUUCCAUGACUUGAAGCGAGACACACUCUUCCCCAAAUCUCGUCCAAAGAGCAGCCCCCUUGAGAGAUCUGUGCCAUCCAGUUUCCAAGAUUACAGCGUAACAACCUCAAGUGCUAUUGGUGAUCUGAAAGUCCUUGAAGUGAACCAAGAUGGGAAAUAUGUGCGGCUUGUAAAUGAUGGACCAACUGAAUUUGAAUUCGGAGGCUACAUGAUCCAGCAAAAUGUUGGGGGUCAUCCAGUUGCUGUGUUCCGGUUCCCCCCUCGCACUAAAUUCAUGCCAGACUCCACUAUCACAGUCUGGGCUGGGGUCAAUGACCCCAGACUGAACAACCCACCAACAGACUUCUACUGGAAAGAACAUCAGAAAUGGGGCUCUGGGCCAGAAUGCACAACCAUAUUAUGCAGGCCAAAUGGCCAGGCUGUUGCUUGGUCUACGGCUGCACACAGGGUGAAGAAAGACGCGUUUGAGGAGAAGCCUGUGAGCAGGAAUGAUACUGAAUUCAAAACCAACAAGAAAGAAGAAACUGAACCCAGGGACGAUGAAGACAGUUUGACUGAAUACAAUACGGACAUCAUUGGCAUUAAGCAUGAGCAGCCAGUGUACUUGAGGAGAGAAAAACAACAACCACCCACCCUGUCUGCUUCAAAGCAUCCACAUGGCCACCAGCCAAAAGCAUACGUCCACCCUCAUACAGGAGUGGAGCGUCCAGUCUACUUUGGCAACGACAACAGCACCAUCAGCCGUCAGUCUAGGGCCCAGUCAUGUCGACCUGACCCGAUCCCAGGCCAGCCAUUUUGUGGAGCACCUGCUCAAAGAAUGGGUAGCGCCCCUUUAAGAAUGAUGGGAGGUAACCAAGGGCAGCAUCCACCAACUAUACGAGGAAAUGGAACCUUAGCUAAUAAAUCAACUAGCUUAUCUGAUGCCCCAAGUCCCUUUAUGAGACCACACAACAGAUUUGCUACAGGAUUAGAACAAAUCCGCUCUCAGCACCAACUACAAUUUAUUCCCCCUAUGCCACACACACCGCUUUUGUUGUAGUAAAUUUUGAAAUGUCUAGUAUACAUUGAUUUUAUUAUAAAUAUUUAUUUUAUUCAGCAAAUUCAAUUUACAUAUGAAUCUAACAUUUUUUGUUAUAAAAAUAAAAUAAUUUAUGUACCUGAAGGCAUAUUGCUUUAUAAUAAGUUACCUUUAAAAUCAAUAGAUGGCUUUUUCUGACUCUCAAAAAAUUUAUUUUUAAGAUUGAAUAUAUUACACUGACAAAUAUACUAGUAUUUUAAUAAAUUAUUUGUUUUUAUUUUAAUUAUGUUGUAGCUGUUUCCAUAUUUUACAUAUAUGUAUAUUUUAUAAUCAAAGCUUUUCAUGGGUGAUCUCCUUGACAUUCUAAGUAUUGUUAUACAAGAUUGUAUUAUUUUGACUGUGAUAUCUAGUAUUCAAAUGCUUUAACUUUCAAGAAUAAUAUCUAAAUGUUUCUAUACAUUUUUAAAAACGUUAUUUACUAUCAUAUUUAUAAAUGCUAUAAAACAUUAAUAAAGUAUUAAGAACUGUAUGUAUAAUCUUUAUAAAUGGCUAGGCAGUAUGGAAUAUUAUUGUGUAAGGGGCUGACCAUAAAUAUCCAGCAUCUGGUGGAUUCUGAUAGUGUUGAGUGUUAAGACAUAAAAUGUAUCACACAAUUUCUUUAAUCUAUUUCUUUAAAGUAAAGUUUUUUAAUAUAAUGAUUAUAGGAGGGUUUUAGGAUUUUUUUUUCUAAAAUUUUUUUGGGGAGGGAUGGGAGACAAUCUGGGUUUCUGUGAGGAUAGAAAGUUGUCAUUUAUGGAUUACCCUUCAUUAUUUUGUACCUUAAAGAUAUAAUUCUUUCCUUAAUAAAAGUAUUCAGCCAUCUGCUUAAUAUUUCACAUUAUACACAAAGCUUUAAUACUUCUUGUUGUAACAUUAAAUAAUUUAUAUAUAAAGACAGUAUAAUAAGUAUCAAAACAAUUUUAGUGCCUUUUGAUGUUAUAAAUUAUAACAAAUAAUUUUUUCAGAACUAUUUUUAUUUCGAUCCAUUUUUUAAUUAUAAUUUCUUUAUUUGAUAUUUAUAAAUUUAGUUAUAUUAAUAAUAUUAUUAUAUUCAAACUUCCUGGAAUUGAUUGUUUUUGGAAGUGGAUGUAUUAAAUACAUUAAAUGUCUAUGAAAAUGUAAUUUCUGUUGGGAAAAUGGUACUCAUAUCAUGUUUACAUAGGCUUGAUUGACAAGAUUAGAUGUAUUUUUUUUAUUUAAUUUUUGUUAGAAAACAAAUUUUUCUGUCAAUUAUUAUUUGCUGUUACUGUGUUAGGUCUUGAUAGCUUUUGCACCAAAAUAAACAUUAAAAAUUUGUAAUUGCUGCUUGUGUU